UUUUUGUCAUCUUAGUUUUUUUAUCAUUGUUUUACCUACAACCUCAGCCUUCACAACGGACUUUAGUGUAUUGCUUAACGACUGGAUUUGACGAAAUGGAAGGUGAACGCCGUGUAGUGUGUAUUACGUGUACAAGAUCAGUACUACGUGACCGAAACCGGCAUCAUCUGACGCGAGACUAUUUGGAAGACAAUCCAGGCUUCACAGAGUACGUGAUGGAACGGAUUAACAUAAAUGAGAUGGCCCUCAAUCAAGUCCAAUAUAUGUGUCAUCGUUGUUGGGUAGCUGGAAGAAGACAGCAAGCCAGGUUCGAACAAGAACAAAACCAAGAACUCGGAAAUCCAGAGCAACCAACCAUGCAACCAACGUCGGUUCCAACUUAUAGGCGGGUUGCAAAUACGGCGCGUCACUGCUUAUUCCGCGGGUGCAUCAACCAAGAACUUCAUAGAGUGUCCAGCUUUAUAAAAGUACUUUUGUUAGUUGAUUAUAGCGUAUACGUUCCUGAAAAUGCACGCAUUUGUGCACAUCACAUCAACUCAAAUGAUUGGAGCUCCCUGUAUGAAAAUGGGGAGACGAUAUUCACGCCAGAUCAGCUAAAAGACAUGAUCGACACGUUACGAGCUGCAUAUAAACAUAAGACAAAUAUAGAUUUUGACAAUGUAAACAACAUUUCACCUGAGGAUCUAUUUUACCUAACUGGCUUAACACACCAACAAUUCUCAACCAUUUUAAGUGAAACACCGUCUCUUUUAGCUCAAUGUAAAAGACCAAAAACUGCACUGGGUGUCUAUUUAUUAAAACUUAGGUCUGGUGAACCAAAUACUCGUAUAGCCUCACAAAUAGGUGUAUCUCGAAAAACGAUUGGCGUUUUACUUAAAACUGCACGAAACUGCUUGACGCAGGACUUUGUUGUUCGCCAUUUAGGUUUUAAUCAUAUAAGCCGUAAUGAUAUCAUAGCUCACAGCCUUGCAGUGCCAUCAUAUUUAUACUCCAACCCUUUAAAUCCAGUGGCGAUAGUUCUAUGUGAUGGUUCAUAUAUAUACGUCCAGAAAAGUAAAAACUUUUUGUUUCAAAAAAAAACCUACAGCUUACACAAGUACAAAAACCUGUUAAAACCCUUUUUAAUUACAUGCCCAGACGGCUAUAUUAUAGAUAUAUGUGGACCAUACGCUGCAACCAAAACGGAUGCCCAAAUCAUGAGUGAUAUUAUGAAUGAUACCACGUCCCCAGUGCAUAUAGUAUUACAAACAGAUGACGUUUUUAUCUUAGAUCGAGGGUUCAGAGACUCUAUACCAGAAAUAGAAAGUGCAGGUUAUGUUGCCCAUAUGCCGCCGAGCAAAGACAGACAUGCCACACAGCUCACAGACAUACAAGCAAAUAAAUCUCGACAAAUCACAAUAGUGCGAUGGGUCAUUGAAGUCAUAAAUGGAUGGUUCAAAAGAGACUACAAGAUAUUCAGGCAUACACUUAUUAAUAAAACACUCCCUCACGUGUUUACAGACUUUCGCAUUGCAGGAGCACUUAUAAAUGCAUUUAGGCAACCUCUGACGGACAAUGAGCAUGCCCAAGCCUUUAUCGGAAUAAUAGCUCAAAGAAUAAACGAACACAAUAUACUGGGCAAUUAUGUAGUCACAGAAAAUAUAAAUCGACAACGGGCGGUGUUCACUACAAUGACGGCUACAUUAAUACCAUUUCCACAAUUGACAGAAGAAGACGUCAUUUUAUUCAGUUUGGGAACAUACCAUUUAAAACUCGCUAGAUCGUACGUUGCCGAGCAUUUGCGAGGUGGAGAUGGUUUAUAUAAUAUAGAGGUAUCUUCUAGCCCUAGCCCUAGUAUGGCGGAGCAUGGGCUGGUGACAGAAAACUGCUCAUUAAUUAGAGGCCGCAUAUUAUCGAGGCACGUCUCGAAUAAAAUAUAUUACACAUAUAUUUUGCUUAAAGAGAACAUCCAGGGCAGAGAAGCUAUCGCAGCAUAUUAUUGUUCCUGCAUGACAGGUAUGAGAACUCUAGGCGCCUGUGCCCACACUGUUAGCAUAAUAUGGUACUUAGGUGUGGGUAGGCACCUAGAUAACUUCGUUGGUCCGGCAAAUGCCUGGGACGAUGUAAUAAUUGAAAGUAGCAAUACCAUAUAAAAAUGAUGCUUCUUUGUUCUGUAAUAAAACUGUGCUUUUUAAGAUUGAUGGUUUUUUAUUUAAUAUUUUGCCCGUAGCAAAAACGAACGGUAUGGAGGUAAGGAAGAGAGAACGUCUUAGCUUUUAAGCUGAUGGUCUCUUUUUAGAAUGGAAGAAUGUCUGGUUGUUCAUUUGGUUUAUAGAACAGAAAAAUAU